AUGGGUCGGAUUCAAUCAGUAAACUUGGUCCACUAUAGCCCACUUUUUGACCAACCACCUCCACCUCCACCGCCACCAAUCCACCACUCACCUUCACUCCCCGGAUUAAAAAAGCCACCACCAAAAACCAAAAACCCUAAAAAAAACAAUCUCAUUUUUUCCCAAAUCAUGGAUGACCAAGAAAACAACCCCUCCUCCUCCUCUCCUCCGCCGCCCGCCGCUUCAAAUCCUUCCCAACCCAAAUCCCAACCCGAACCACAACCGUCGGCAUCCGCCUCCUCCAACCCAUCUUCCCCAGAAGACACCACCACCAAACCCAACAUUGAAAUAGUCCCCAUUUCCACCCCAGAAGCUAACCCUAAUCCUAUUGCCACCAGAGCCCCAAAAUCACCAUCCUCCAAGAAAAACGCUCCUCUCCCAUGGACCCACCAAGAAACCAUCAGUCUCAUCCAGACCUACCAGGAGAAAUGGUACUCCCUCAAGAAAGGCCAACUCAAGGCUAACCAGUGGGAGGACGUCGCCGCCGCCGUCGCCGCCCGCUGCGGCUACGAUUCCCCCUCCAAAACCUCCACCCAAUGCCGUCACAAGAUUGAAAAGCUCCGGAAAAGAUACCGGGCUGAGCGGCUCAAGCCUUAUCCUAAUUCUUGGCAGUACUAUGAGCUCAUGGACCACAUGGAACGCGGCCCUAUGCCUAUCACGGCAACCCGUUCCGCGCCUCCGGUUAAGUAUCAGAAUCAGAAGAAUGCGGGCGCUUCGGGUUUUCUUAAUAAUUACAGAGAGAAUAAUAGUGAUGAGGGGGGCGCCAAUUAUGGUGGUUUUGAGGCUAAGAAAAAUAAGUCCAAGAGUAUAAACAACAUUGUUCGAGGGAGCGGUGUUGAUAUGGGCAACAGGAAUCUGAAUAAAAUUGGUAUGAGCAGGAAUUUUGGUUUUGGGGAAGAGCUGGAAGCGGAGGUUGAGGAGAAAGGAAAAGGGGUUUUAGUAAAGGCGUUGGCUGCAGAGGUCAGGGGUUUCGCGGAGAGGUUUUUGAAGAUGGAGAAUGACAAGAUUGAGUUGAUGAGAAAAACUGAGAAGACUAGGAUGGAGAUGGAGAAGAAUAGAAUGGAUAUGAUUCUAGAAGCGCAGAGAAAAGUUGUGGAUACCAUAGGCAAGGCUUUUGGAGCUCACAAGAAACCCAAGAGGACGGCUCCAGAAAGCUGA